UUGUGUAGAUAGUUUUUUAUCAUAUUCAUGUGAACAUUUUAUUGCAAAAUGGAAUUAGGACAAUGUGGCGUGCUUAUUUGCAAACAUAGAGCACAGGCUCACAUGUACGAGGCACUGAGUGACGUUUUGUUUUCUCUUCAGCUCGCAGGGAGGUGAGCGACGGUGCAGUGCCAUGGUAAUAUUUGUCGAAUGGUAUCACACGGCGUUGGACCAGAUCAACAGCAGUGGUUUGCUAAUGAGUGCUGAAGAUACUGGUUUUGGGGCUUUGGCUCCACUGGUGGCGGGGUAUUUGGGAGAAGUUCAGGAGAGAGCUGCUUCACUGGAAUAUUGUCCAUGGUGUACAAAGAAGGGCUUGAAUUCUGCUCUGCGGUCUUACCACAUCAAUAUCCAGGAGUCAAUUGUGCUGUGCACAAACCCAGAGUGCCUCUUCCCUCUGGUCAGCCGAUCUUUGGAGGAUAUCUUUGCUAGCUUGCGUCCUGCUGAGCCCAAUACUGGGAACAAAAGAAAACGCACUGUGACAUUACAAAAGGAAGACCUGGUAAAGCCUUCACCCAAACGUCUGUGUUCAAAUGAAAAUAACAGUUUUGGGCUGCAAAGUGUCACGGACACGCUAACCAGCCCAGCAGAACAAAGAACUAUAAAUGCUGCUAACAAUGACUGCCUCACUGCAGCCAAAACACAAGGCAGCGAGACAACUCAUUGGAAUAAGGAUUUUAACUACUCUGUUGUUGAGACACCAGGAUGUAAAUCGCUGAAAGAUCAGGAUGUAGUUCUUCAGAAGGAACCAGGCAGUGCUGCUUGUGUGAAUGGUUGUGUACCAGUGACAGAGGUUGCUUCACCUGAACACCUGCAGUGCUCAUCAGAAAUCUUAACUAUUGAUGAGGAUAAAACAGAGCUCUCUCCUCAUCACAAUGUGCCAGAGGCAGAGGACAUACACAGGCAGGCGAAGAGUACUCUGGACUGUUUGCCAAACAUAUCUCCACUGGACUCUCAACAAUCUGGUUUCGCCAGUAUUGACAGUCAUCUUUCUGAAAUUGAUGCACUUAAACUUCAGGACACUGAGCAGCCUACAAAGACUGAUCACAAAACAAGCACUGCUGAUGUGUUCUCAGAAGCUGGAGUUUUAUCUUCAACCACUGUAACAGAGUCAGAUCAGCUUGUUCCUGUUCCAGAUGUGCUUUUCUGGAGGAACACUGACAACCUGUGUUGGCUGGAUACACUUCUUGUUGCUCUGAUGAACUGUAAAAGCUUGAGGAAGUUGAAACCUAAAGAAGAACCUCAGCAAUCAUCUGUUUGGCAGCUGUUCACAAUGUACGAUGAUGCCUGGAUGACCAUCCAAGAGCACCAACAGACGGGUGGAGACGGAGUUGUGAGUGUGCCAAAUCAUGUUCUGCAAAAGACCAACACAGACCUGCACAGUCUUAGGAUGUCCGCCUUCAAACUGCUGCAGCCAAAACUACGUUGCAAACUCGGCCAGAGGGAAACUCCUGUGUUUGCAAUGCCACUUUUGGUUAAGAUGGAUUCUUGGUUGGAGCCUCUGUUCCAGUUCACCUUUCAGUGGGAACUUAUCUGCACCGGCUGCAAUGUUAUCACUAAGACAAGGUUUACAAAAACUCUUCCAACUUUCACAAAUAUUGCAAACGACUGGCAUCCGCUUUGUGCAGUUCACUUCGCUUCCUGCAAUGUGUGUCGUAAGAGGAAGCAGAGGAGGAUGAUGGUGCUUGAGAGUGUGCCUCCAGUAUUUGCAUUGCAUUUUGUUGAGGGACUUCCUGACAAUGAUGUCCGAAUGUACUCCUUCAGCUUUGAUGGGAAAUCCUACUCAAUCACUAUCAUCAUACAGUUCAUCAAAUCGCUUAAACACUUUGUCACCUGGAUUUGUAAAGCAGAUGGAUCAUGGAUGGAAUUUGAUGAUUUGAAACAUCCGCACUGCAAAAUCCAUCCCAAACUUCCGAUCCCUGCUCAUGAGAUCCAUGUUGUCUUCUGGGAGGUGCAGGAGGAUGAAGAGCCCAGCUGUUUUUCUACCCCCGCAACAUGUGCCAAGUCUUCUUCUUCAACAAGUGAGAUGAAUUGCAACGUAACUGAGGAGGUUGAGCUGUUGCCUUGCACUCCAGACAAGUCUCUCCUCAUCUCCAAAAAUGACCUUGACAUUGACUGUAGUCUCCCAGAAUCCGGUGAUGGCAGCAGUGUCUUGGAGACAACAGAUACAGUGUGCUUGGACACUUCAAUCGGGUAUACAACACUGCUCGACACCUUUGAGGGUCUUACGCACAAUGACAUCAUCACACUCACCCUGGUGGACUGUACCGCUGACUCAGAAGUCCAGCCUCUGAAUAAUGUCUGUGAGUAUUCUCAUGAUUCAGACCUGCCCAGCAGAAAUGAAGUACUCGACUGCUCCACUGCACCAGAUAGUUCCUCCACAGUGAUAGCUAAUGAAAUGCAAGACAAGGCUGAUGUGGCACUUCCAAUGCCUUCCAACUCCUCUGACUCUGAAGCUGGGAAAGACUUGUCCAGUGAGCCUACAUUUGUGCCUCACCCCACAAGAGGGCGAGGGCGGGGACGCGGGCGCGGAAGGUCCAAAGGCAAACCUGGUGGCAGACAAAAGAGGAUUAUGGUGGCCCCAUCAGAAGCAGCCCCACACGAUUCACCACAUCUGUCUAUGGAGCACUCUGAAAUAAUCAGUAACGAACCUGAGAGUGAUGUUCAGGAUGUUGAUCCACCUGCUGAAACUACACCUGUGACUUGUGCUGAUACAUCGCCACCACGUACAUACCAGAAUAGUCCCGCAGUUCAGAAUGCCCGCUGGACAUUCUUGCUCAGCAAACACCCCCUAACUCAAGUCCAUAAUUAUGCCAGUGAAAUUAGUCCCACCCAGAUGUCCAACUGUGCUGGGCAACUAAACCCUACUAGUCCUAUACAGUACAACCAAAUACCAAUGAGGAGACAACGUAAUCCUGUGGGACUCGUUCCUAAACUGCAGCUCAGGACAGAGGAAAGCGAGGAACUCCCAAUGAAGGCUGCAGAAAAGUACAAUGCAUUUGGUGCAAAGAACUCAAAAACUCAAAGUCCACUUAAAUCUCCUGCAUCUGUUUCAUACCCCAGUUGUGAUCCAAAGCCGUUUCAGGUGGUUACUUCUGACAGCCAGGAGUCAACACUGAACACCACAAUGGUGUCUAACACAUCACUUCCUUCAUUUGGAAUACCUGACAGUGGUGAAAUAUCAUACUCCAAGAAACACAGCAGCCACUCCUUUAAGCUUAUGCCAGGUCUCACCGACACUGAAGCUUUGAGGUACAAGUUACUGAAGAAACUAAAAGCAAAGAAGAAGAAGCUUGCAAAGCUGAAUGAGCUACUGAAACACCAGGGUGGAGCAAGCCUCAGACCAGACAGCACUGAGCAGAGUUCCCCAUAUAAUGUGAGCUCCAGCACCAGUGCCCACUCUCCUUCUGAAGGGUUUUUCUCCAACUUGGUCUCACCAGCAACAACAGCUAGCAACCUAUCACCAGACAGCACUGGCCUCCUCGAGAUGCUUGUCAGUAGACAAGAUGGAGUUGACCGACUGGACUGUGGGCUUAAUAGCACUGGCGGACUAUCUCAGGUGAAUGCAAUUGGGAAUGGGUCUGUCACCACCCACACCGAGAACUUCUUGGAGGACUUCAUUGCUGAGGCUGCAGUUCAGCAGCCAACUGAGAUGGACACAGAGGCACUAAGUGGUCUGGAUAUUUUCUUUUAAAUUGUUUAGAUGGAUGUUAUCUGCAAGCUACAAUUGUAAAUAGUAUCACUAUCAGUCAGGCAGAAUUUCCAAAGAGCACCCGUAUAUAGUUUGGAAAAUUAAACAAAAUCUGCGUAUUUGUUUCACCAUUAGUUUUGAAAGUUUAACAAGAUCCUGAAAGGUUCGUUUGUUUUUAACAUCUGUGUCAUUUUCAUAGCUGGUAACAUUGUUUCUUCCAUCUCAUG